GUGGUAGGUACCUACCUUCAGGCACAUGGGCACCUUCCGGCUUCCCAAUCGAAGGCCGCCGAUUACGGACUGGGCACGUUGACACACUCGCACAGCCAAAAGGGGGGUUCGGUAUAAAACACUAGGGGAAAUGCUGUGGCCGUCGAACCUCUGGCUGUUUUCUGAUCGACUCCUAACCUGUACCGACCUCCCUGCCUAACCCGCCGACGCCCUGCCCAACGACCUCAACGAACUCGGCCUCCCGCCAGGCAGUUAGUAGGCUAGUCCGCCCUUCUCGGCGCUGAGGGAAGCCGAAGUAGAGUAACCGGCGCGGAGAUAAGCAUCGUGUGAACUGCCAUUGGGUCUAAGCUAAGCUUCGUAUUAUCUAUAUCUACCUGCCCGGUUGGUAUAGCACCGGCAGACGCACGCCCCUAUAUGUUCUGCAUCUCUGGUCUGAAAUCGCAUUGCGCCAGAUCACUCGCCAAGAAAGCCUCCCGUCCAUCUCAAGCCUCUUGCCGGCGUUUGGCUACCCCUCCGGGUCGUGCGUUCCGUUCCGCUACGACUAUGGCCGCCUCGCUCCCGCCCAAGCUCAAGCCCGCAGCGCGAGUGGCUGGCCAAAGACAGGAUGUCUGGUCGAUCAUCAACGAAGCUGCUUUGGCCUCGCCGCGGCAGCCCAUCGUCAACAUGGGCCAGGGUUUCUUCGGUUACAACCCGCCGCCCUUCAUCAUCAACGCAGCCAAGGCGGCGCUGGAUCGAGUAGAUUGCAAUCAGUACAGCCCUACCAAAGGCCGGCCGCGUCUAAAGAAGGCCAUCGCCGAUGCCUACUCUCCCUUCUGGGGCAGGAAGCUCAACCCGGAAACCGAGGUGACCAUCACCACUGGGGCCAACGAGGGUAUGCUCAGCGCAUUCAUGGCUUUCAUAGAACCCGGUGACGAGGUCAUCGUCUUUGAGCCAUUCUUCGACCAAUACAUCAGCAACAUCGAGAUGCCCGGUGGGAAGAUUGUCUACGUUCCGAUGCAUCCGCCGAAAGACGGUGCGACGCGGACAUCGUCGUCUGCCGAGUGGAAGAUCGAUUUCGAUGAGCUUGAGAAGGCUAUCACCCCGAAGACUAAGAUGAUUGUCCUCAAUACGCCUCACAACCCCGUCGGAAAGGUGUUUUCGAAGGAAGAGCUGCAGAGGAUAGGAGACCUCUGCGUCAAGCACGAGAUCAUAAUCCUCUCAGACGAGGUGUAUGACCGUCUCUUCUACACGCCCUUUACGAGGAUCGCGACUCUUUCACCCGAGGUCGAGAGAUUAACCCUUACUGUCGGCUCGGCCGGCAAGAACUUCUACGCUACGGGCUGGCGUGUUGGCUGGCUGAUGGGACCCGCCCAUCUAAUCCAAUACGUCUCCGCAGCUCACACACGCAUCUGCUACUCCUCGGUGUCGCCGUUGCAAGAAGCUUGCGCUGUCGGCUUCGAGCAGGCUGAGGCAGAAGGCUUCUGGGACGAGACGAUCCGAGACAUGAAGGCAAAGAUGGAGCGAUUCAACGAGGUCUGGGAGGAGCUAGGCCUGCCGUACACGGAUCCGGAGGGGGGCUACUUUGUGAUGGUGAACAUGAGCAAGGUUAAGGUUCCGGGGGGGUACCCGUUCCCGCCGCACGUAGCGAGCCGGCCGCGCGACUUCAAGCUCGCCUGGUUCCUCAUACAAGAGGUUGGCGUCGCCGCCAUCCCCCCGACCGAGUUCUACACCGACUCCAACGCCCACAUCGCCGAGGACUACAUCCGCUUCGCCGUCUGCAAGGAAGAUGAAGUCCUCGAGACCGCCAAGGAUCGGCUCCGGGGCCUCAAGAAGUACAUAGAGGCGUAGAAUAGACGGAUACGAGAAUAUCUAGCAUAGAGAGCCGCUCAGGAAACAAAUACGUCCGAGCUAGCUAAAAUCUGAAUAAGACAGAUGUCAGCCAAGCAAUAGAUGGGCGCCUUGGCACGGAAA